AUGACGGUUACCGAACCAGCACCAUCCCCCGUUGAGUUGGCGUGCGUCAAAAUAGAUGCCACCUCGUCGUGGCCACCGCGAGCCAUUAUGAGCUCGGUCAAUGUAUUAUAUCUGUCAGACCAGGACCGCUACUUUGUGGCCCAAAUUCCAAUUCGGGUCAAUAAUAUUAGCGUGCUCGCACUCAUUGAUACGGGCGCUUCUAUAACCAUCACGUCGGUCGAAGCCAUGCCGCUGUUCGGGGCCUUCGACCUCGCCAAAAGUGAUGUAACCAGCGCGGUAAUUGUUGAAACCCGCUUGUUGUUUUCUGUGGUUCGUGUGUUGGUAAUGGACGACACGUCGUCACCCCCCGAUCCGGGCGCUGCGCCGGACGACCAACGCAGGUAUUCUUUAACUUCUAGUCGCGAUGCGACUGACUCCAUGAAUAUUUCAUCUAGUCGCGAUGCGGCUGAAUCCUCGAGUAUUUUCUCUAGUCGCGAUGCGGCUGUCACUCAGACUAAUUGUCCCGUCUCGGUCGAGCAGGAGUCCGCAAUGGACACCUCCGAGACCGUUGCGUCCGAUCUUCCGGAGGACAGGGCCAGUGCCACUGGUCCUUCUUUAGUUUCAGGUACUGAUUCAGUGCCCACGGCAGCAGGCCAGGCCUCCGCUUCGGAGACAACCGUUUCAGUAAGCUUCGCUGAGAUUGCCUCACGUAAUACCUGGCACUCAGCUAAGUCGUCUUCGCUUGCUACGUCUCAGCGCAAGUUUCACAGUGACAAGCAGCUGCCCAACAAAUCCGAAGAGGAAUCGGUGGUAAGUAUGACCUCGUCCAUGGGGCACCUGUCCGUCACAGAGGUGGCACCCCUUAAGCCGCCACCAGCUCCGGUAGCGGCUCCCUCUUUUACCCCUCCGGCAAAAGUUAUGCGCUCCUCUUCCGGCCAGCGCAGGCAGAUUGCUGUUGCCCCUACACAGGUGAGAGGACGAGGUGGUGCUCGCCAGCCCCAAUCCUUUCGGGGCUCUGCCCGAGGGCGCGCUCCUCCCUCUUCGAGGUCGGUAGCGUCUACCUCGUCGGCUUCCCAGCCUUCAACAUCCCGCUCCUCUACGCGAGGAGCAGGCCCUUCCAGGGGAUCGGGCACACGCCGGGGUCGUGGCGCAAAAACGCCUCCCCCUACCUACUCAGGGCCCUUACCGCAGGUUCACACCUCUCAGCUUCCAAGGGAAACGCCCAAGGGUUUCACCCACUACCUUAUCGACCAACACCCUUGGGCGCACUUCGUCAACCCUCGCCCCAUCCAUUACCUGCGGGAGCACCUACCCACGGUCACCACGACCCUGGACACAGAGGUGUACCGCCACUUGCCGGACUCCGGAUAUCUGUCCGCACGGUUUAAUAAAUCGCUAUUCCCGCAGGUGGUUUUUAAGGAGGGCAAGAUUCCAAAUACAAUACCCUUCAUUGAGGUACAACAUUUGGAAGACACUAUUGCUUUCCGCGCACGAUCUAAGGCAAUAAUCGAUCAACUAUUUGCA